CGUCGCACGAUGGUCCCCAACGGCAGCAUUCGCCCGAUCGACCCGCCGACGACCGAGAAGACGCCCACGUUGUCUCUUGACGCUGGCAUCUUGGAGUGUGUCGUGUACGCGCCCGAUGCGACGCCGCCCUUGGCUUUUCUCGCGGGGUUUCCGUACUUUGUGCUAACUGUGGCGACGAUCCAGAUCGGACAUUUUGUGCUGCUCAACAACGGGAUGGGCUUUACGGGGUGUCUCCUCUACGCACUCAUGUCCAUGCUGCUCGCGGCGCUUGACGGGCUCGUGAACCCGAGUCUUGGCAAGAACGUUCGGACGCUGCGCGCCAACGGCUUCUCCGAUCGCUACACGCUGCAGAUGAUGACGCUCAACUUGCUCUCGAACAUUCUCAUGACAUGGCUCGUCUUCCAAGAACUAUGCGGCCCGGACGCUGUCAACGCGACCUUGCAAUUUGCGUCGUACUCGACGUUGACGGUCGCGGCGAUUACGGCCAACUUGGCAAUGACCGAAGUUGUCUUCUACUUCGCACACAAGUGCCUCCACGAGGUGAUCCCGCACGUGCAUUUGAUGCACCACUGCGUCUUUGCACCGACGCACUCGUCCAACUUUAUCUUCGACCCGCGCGACUUUGCGUUCGAGCUCGGGCUCCCGACGGCGUUCUUGCUUCUCAACCAUUUCGUGCUCUGGCGCCAAGACCACGUUGUGCUCCUCGUCUCGUACAUGUUUGUACAGAACUUUUACGCGCUCGACCACAGCGAUUUCCUCCAGCUCUACCACUUCAAGCACCACACCCGCCUCGACGACGUCUACACGGUCUACGUCAAGUACCGCAACAACUCCAAUCGCGAGGCCGUCCACAAGAUCAUCAAGCGGGCGACCAAGGUCGCGUAGGCGGUACGAAGCCGAUACUAUAAUAUGGCACGCCGAGAGGACGUUAUAAGUAUGUAAUAUUCACCACGCUGUAUCGCGA